CUUCGUCAUGGACGACAUAGUGCCUCCCUUUCUUGUCCCGGAGGGGGACGAUGGUCCGAAAGAUGUGUGGCGUGCGCUUCUCGGCGAGCCGUUACUGGGAGCACUAGCCAAGAGCAAGAACAGAAGAGAACAUGAUCAAGAUGAAGAUGGUCCUCGUGCUACUGAUAGGAGAGGCUCAACAUCAUCAUCUUCAUCUGCUGGUUUAUCGCCUGGCUCCUCUGGUCCUCUUCGCAGACGAGGCUUUCUUGCGAACACUUCACCGGAUAACACCCCACCGACGCGGAGUGAGACAC